GAUAUUCCGUGUGCACGUCGGGCUCCUCGCCGUCCUCGUCAGCGCGUGUCGCCCGCGUUAAACGACGCCUCUUCCCGCGGUACGGUGUCACGGAAAACCGGCAAACAUUUCGCGCAAGGGCAGCAUGAAGAAGAUCAAGGACUACUCGGACGAGGACGAUUACGAGGUGGACGAUCCGGACUAUCCGGAGGUCGAGGGUGCCUCCGAGGAGGAAUGGACCCCGGAGGCCGGGCCAGAGGGUGGCGCUAAAAUAAGGCCGCCGAGAGGAGGGGCGAAAAAGCGACAGCACUCCGAGGAGGAGGACGAGGAGGAGGAGGACGAGUUCGAGGAGGAGGAGGAGGAGGACGAGGAGGAGUCUGAUUCUGAUACGGGAAAAAAGUCAAAGAGAAAAAGGCGCUCUAAGAAGGACGACGACGACAAAGAGGAUGAGGAAGAUGAGGAUUCCGAUGACAACAGUUACAAUGAGUCGGGAGAGACUCCGAAAGAAUACACAUCCGGUUCGUUUGUUCUUGCAAAAGCUGACCUUGAAUCUAAUAAGAAUAAGGAAGACAACUUAUCGAGUAAGGGUAAGUCCGACGUGGAAUCGAGCACUUACCCAACCUUGUGGAGGAUAGAUGGGAAGGCGCUGCUCCAAAAGUUUCUACCUUUCGAGGAAGAUGGAAAAGUACUGUACAAAAGCACAACGACAUACUCUGGAUGGCAACAAAGUAACAAAGACAAUUACAUAGCAGUCCAGGUGUCCUUCAAAGUGCAAAGUAGACAAGAGACAAUUGUUGAACUUCAUUUUGAUCCAUCGCAACCACAAGAAGUAAAGGAUGAUAAAGAAGAUUAAAUUAGAUCGAGUUUGCCCUUAUUUGUUUAUAUACGUCUUAAGGAAAUAUACGUUGUAAGGAACGAGAAGGAAGAAACACCCACAUCUACAUGUACACUAUUCACGAGACACACAGUGACACGUGCACACGAAUGAAGUUUGUGACAUGGUACUGUAGCAGGUUCAUAUUUAAAAUAUAAGAUUGGAUGGACCAUGG